UUCAAUGGCUGUUUUAUUUCUGCCAUUAGAGCUCUCCUAAGCUUUUUGCAUUACCAUUUUCCUUCCCAUUUGAAAAUCAAUGCAAAUAAUAAUAAUAAUAAUAAUAAUAAUAAAGAACUCAAUUUUCUUUUCGAAUUAAGCCAAACCAUUUGACAACUUUCAAGACUGUGGUUUCUGAUUUCCAGUUAUGGAAAAAAAUAUAUAUGAAUAAAGUUGAGAACUUCAAGUUGUUUAGAUUCCUCUCUGCUUUCAUUGUAGUUUACUUUUAAAGUACUGCUUAUUUGUUCCUCAAAUAUUUUAUUUUUCUUCAAAUAUCAGUGGGGUCUGAUGUGGAAUAAAACUUUUUUAAAAAAAAAACACACACACACAAAACUUUGGUCUUGUCAAAUUUGAAAUCCUUACACAUUAAAUAUAACUCCCACUGAAAUUGGGGAGGAUUAUUGUGAUGUAAUGUUGAUGUUUUGGUUUCAAUUUUUUUUUCCAUAAAAGUCACUCAUUUUUUGUAAUUUUUCUUGUUACCUCCAUUGACAAUGCAGCUUCAAGCUCUUUCCAGAAGCAGGAAGAAGAAAAUGGUGGUUACAGAAUCAGAAAUGAUGUCACAUGAUGAAGUUGAUUCGCCAUUACAAUCUGAGCAGCAGCAGAUUAAGCACCAUGGAUUCUCCUCUCUGGGAAGGCAGUCUUCAAUUUACUCUCUUACCCUUGAUGAGUUCCAGCACACUCUGUGCGAGAGUGGCAAGAACUUUGGCUCCAUGAACAUGGAUGAGUUUCUCACCAGCAUCUGGACGGCGGAGGAGAAUCAGGCAAUCAACGCCGGCCAGAGCCAGACGGCGGUGGCGGGGCUCGGCAAUGCUCAGGCUCACUUUCCGGUGGCCGGAGCGUCGGCCGAGAAACGCAACAUAGAGAAGCAAGUGAGCCUGCCGCGGCAGGGCUCGCUUACUCUGCCUGCACCCCUGUGCAGGAAGACUGUGGAUGAGGUUUGGUCGGAGAUUCACAAGGCCCAGCAGGGGCAGAAUCAAAAUGGUAACGAUGGCAAUGCCAACUCUCAGAAUCCGAAGUCUGCCCCGCGCCAACCGACGUUUGGGGAGAUGACAUUGGAGGACUUUCUGGUCAAAGCCGGGAUCGUUCGCGAACACCGCGGAGCAGAGGUGGGAAUGUCGCAGUCAUUACUGCCGCCCCAACAGUAUGGUGUGUACCAGAAUAGCAACCACACCAUUGGUGCUGGUUAUGUUUCUGGGUCUAUAAUGGGACUCAGUACUUCCGCCGCUAGUGGUGGUGCUAGUGGUGGUGCUACCGGAAGUGGCGGUGGCGGUGGCAUUACGACAUAUCAACCAGUCCCCCAAGGUGGUUCAGCCAUUGGAGAUACAUCAGGGUAUGCUGGCAAUAGCAAAAGAAACAGUGUUUAUUCAUCACAGCCUCCGCCUGCAGUUUGUUACGGUGGAAGAGUGGUGAACGGCGGUCGGGGUGGUGGCGGUGGAGGAGGAUAUCCGCCUGCUCAGCCGAUGGGGAUGGCGGGGCCUGUAAGUCCGGUUUCCCCCGACGGAAUGUGCACAAAUCAGGUAGAUAGCUCAAAUCAAUUUGGGUUGGACAUGGGUGGAUUGAGAGGAAGGAAGAGGAUAAUUGAUGGGCCAGUUGAAAAAGUUGUGGAAAGGAGGCAAAGAAGGAUGAUUAAGAAUAGGGAGUCUGCUGCAAGGUCAAGAGCUAGAAAACAGGCGUAUACAGUAGAAUUAGAAGCAGAGUUGAACCAAUUAAGAGAGGAAAAUGCCCAUCUUAAGCAGACAUUGGCAGAGCUAGAGAGGAAGAGAAAGCAACAGUACUUCAAGGAAACAAAGAAUGUUCAAACGAAAGCCCAGAGAGCCAAGGAGAAGCUUCGUGUUAUGAGGAGAACUUUGAGUUGCUCGUUGUAAAAGCAGAUGUUCAAAUUUUCUGGCUAUGGUAAAGGCAAAACAUGAAAAACACACUUUAGUAGUUAGCAGGAAACUUAUCAAAGGUUCACAGAGAAACCACGUGCAAGCCGCACCUCAAGAAAUCGGCAUCUGUCAAGCACAAAUUUGAGCUGCUUGUCUUCUUUUCUCCAGGCGACUCAAAUCAGAGUCACACUGGUGAAUGGCCUAGUACAAGAUUUGACUCUGUUUUCUAAUGUGUUUGUUGAGGUGUUGUAAUGAAGUAGUUAAGGCAAAA